AUGAGUUUUCUUUUUUCUCUUUAUUUAAAAACCUUUAAUAUUUACACGAUCUUGUUUUUUUUUAUUUUCUAUACAUUCUUCCUUUCAUUUUUUUUCUUCAUUUUCUUACCAAUUUUAUUUAACUUUCGGGUUUCGUGCUUUCUUUCAUUCAUUAACUUUCAACAUUUCUCUUUUUUCUUCUUCUUUUUUGGGAUGGCGAACCUUCUUCUGAUUUUCUUUUUUUUUUUUUACUUGCUUUCUUGUUUCUGUCAACUUCUUUCCUUCUGUGGCUUUACUUUCUUUCGUUAUAUCCGUUUUUCUCUCCUUUUUCUUUUUCUUUCUCCCCCUCUUAUUUCAAACCCUUUCAUAUUUACACCCUCUUGUCUUUCAUUUCCUUUUCUUUUUUUUCUUUUUCUUGCUGGCGUUUUGUACUUUCUUUCUCCUUCCUUUUGUCUUCUUCCUAUUUCUUUCUUUCUUUCUUUCUUUCUUUUGAAGGGCCUCGUGCUUUCUUUACUUCAUUCAUCAAAUUUUGACUUUUCUCUCCUUUCUUUCUCCUUAUUUUUGAUUUCGAACUUCUCUCUCCAAUUUCUUGUAUUUUUUAUUUGCUUUCUUCUUCUUUUCUUCAACUUCUGUCAUUUUGCCCUUUUUCUUUCAUUGUUCUCCGAGCUUUCUUCCGUUUUUAUUCUACUUUUUCCCUUUUAUUUUUUUUUCCCUUUUUUUUACUUUCUUUGUCUUUCUGCUUCUUUUUUUCUUUCGUUCUUUCUUUGCUUUCUUUCUUUAUCUAUUUGA